UCGUUCCCCCUGCUGUGAGCAGCAGGGACGAUAGACAGACAGAGCUUGCACGCAGAGUGACAACAGACUCGCUAGCCAUGGCCGCACAGGUCGCGCUGGUGCUGGCGCUGCUUGUCGCCGGCGCCCGGGCCGGAGGCCUCGCCGUCGGCGGGGACGCCGCCGUGUCGGCGAGCCACGCCAACCAGGUCGGCGGCCACCUGAUCCUGGCGGAGCCGCGGCCGGCCGGCGACCCCCGCUGCCCGCGCCCCUGCACCUGCUCCGGCCCCGCCGUGGACUGCUCCCGCCGCGGGCUGGCGCACGUCCCCACCAACCUGCCCACCAACAUCGAGCGCCUGGAUUUACAAGGGAACAACAUCACUAUACUCUACGAGACUGACUUCGAGGACCUGCGGCAUCUACGCAUUCUGCACCUCAUGGACAAUCAGAUCCACACGGUGGAGCGCGGUGCGCUCUCCGACCUCCUCGCGCUGGAGAGGCUGAGGAUCAACAACAACCAGAUCAGGCAGCUGCCCGACAACCUGUUCACCAGCAACACCAAGCUGCACCGACUGGACCUGAGCAACAACGAGCUGAAGGGCAUCGGCAAAAACUCGCUCCGAGGCCUGGGGUCGCUUCGCACCUUGUUACUGGACAACAACCAGCUGUCAUGUGUGGACGAAGGCGCCUUCGACGGGUUGCGCGAGCUCGACGUGCUGACGCUGAACAACAACAACCUGACGUGGCUGCGCUCCGAGACGUUCGCCGGGCUGACGCGGCUGCGCGCGCUGCGCCUGUCGGAGAACGCCCUUCGCUGCGACUGCCACCUGGCCUGGCUGGCGCGCUGGCUGCGCCGCUCGCCCCGCCUCGCCCUCUACACCCGCUGCGCCUCGCCCGCCCACCUCCAGGACCUCAGCGUCGCCGACCUCCACGACAACGAGUUUGCAUGCGCGGGCUCGUCGCCGGCGCCGCCCAUGGAGUGUGCGGGCGAGCCGCGAUGCCCGGCGCCCUGCCGCUGCCAGGACACGGUCGUGGACUGCCGGGAGAAGGGGCUGACGGCCGUGCCCGAGCACCUCCCGGAGGGCACCACCGAGCUGCGCUUGGAGCAGAACAAGAUCACUGAGAUUCAUACAAAGGCAUUCACCCCGUACAAGCGGCUGCAGCGCAUUGACUUAAGCAACAACCAGAUCGGCAAGAUGGCCCCAGACGCCUUCCAGGGACUCAAGGCGCUGACUUCUCUGGUUUUGUACGGUAAUAAAAUUGCGGACCUUCCAAAGGGCAUCUUCCACGGACUCGCAAAUCUUGCGUUGCUGCUUUUGAACGCUAACGAAAUCUCCUGCGUCCGCAAGGACACUUUCCGUGACUUGCACAGUCUCAACCUACUGUCGCUGUACGACAACAACAUCCAGUCCAUCGCCAACGGAACCUUCGACCCCAUGAAGAGCAUCCAGACGCUGCACCUGGCGCGCAACCCGUUCAUCUGCGACUGCAACCUGCGCUGGCUGGCAGACUACCUGCACCGCCACCCGGUGGAGACCUCGGACGCCAAGUGCGACUCGCCCAAGCGCAUGCAGCGCCGCCGGCUAGCCGCCCUCAAGGACGACCAGCUGCAGUGCACGGGCGUGGACGAGUACCGCACGAGGCUGGCCGGCGAGUGCGUGGCCGACUCGGCCUGCCCCGCGGACUGCACGUGCGAUGGCCCCGUCGUGGACUGCUCCGGGCGCGGCCUCAAGGACAUCCCCAAGGACAUCCCCGCCUACACAUCCGAGCUGCUGCUGCAGGGCAACGAGCUCGGGCGCGUCAAGGCUGACGGCAUCCUGGCCUCGCUCCCCAACCUGGUCAAGCUGGACCUGUCCAACAACCACAUCACGGGCAUCGAGCAGCAGGCCUUCCAGGGCAACCCCAUGCUGCAGCAUCUGUACCUGUCGGGCAACAGGAUGCGCGAGAUCCACAACAAGAUGUUCGUCGGCCUGUCCAAUCUCAAAGUGCUACAGCUGAGUGACAACCAGGUGACGUGCGUGAUGCAGGCCUCCUUCGACAUGCUCACGAGCCUCAAGUCCCUGGACCUGACGCGCAACCCCAUGGCCUGCAACUGCCACCUGGGCUGGCUGGCCGGCUGGCUGUCCUCGCGGGGGCUGUCGGCGGGCUCCCCGACGUGCGCGUCGCCGCCGCGCCUCCGCGACGCCCCGGUCUACGAGAUCCCCCGACACGAGUUCAAGUGCCUGAGCGACAGCGACGAACAGGGCUGCCUCGGCGAGGACUACUGCCCCCCGGAGUGCACCUGCACCGGCACCGUGGUCCGCUGCUCGCGGGCGGGGCUCGCCGACAUCCCCCGCGGCAUCCCCGCCGACACCACCGAGCUCUACCUCGACGUCAACAACAUCACGGCCGUCAGGCCGGAGAGGCUGCACCACCUGCAGUCCCUCAACCGACUGGACCUCAGCAACAACAAGAUUAGCAUUCUCUCCAACUUCACAUUCGUCAACCUGACGCAGCUGUCGACGCUCAUAAUCAGCUACAACAAGCUGCAGUGCAUCGAGCGCGACUCUCUCGCCGGACUCAAGUCGCUGCGAGUCAUGUCGCUGCACGGAAACGACAUCUCCAUGAUCGCCGACGGUACCUUCACCGACCUGCACGCCAUAACUCACCUGGCGCUGGGCUCCAACCAGCUCUACUGCGACUGCAACCUGCGCUGGCUCGCCUCCUGGGUCAAGAGGGACUUCGUGGAGCCGGGCAUCGCGUCGUGCACGGCCCCGGACACCAUGAAGGACAAGCUGCUGCUCACCACGCCCGCCUCCGCCUUCCAGUGCGACGGAUGUGAGUACAGAGAUGACGACUUUACAACUCGGAUGCCCCAAAAAAAGGGGGGGUGGACCGGGGCCGCCGCCUGCCAAGCGCAGGGUAGGCAAACCCGCUGCGCUCGCCUGCCGCCCGGCUGCCUGCUCCAGGGCGCCCCGAGCCCUUGGCGAGACCGACCCACCCUGAUUCUGACCUUUGCGUCCUCAAUGUUGUAAAUAUGUACCUUUCUUUCGUUCUUUCAACAAGUCUUAGUGUGUGAACACCCGGGCCCUGCAUUCUCCUUGAAUUGGGAAAGAAAUUGUUACAAACCUAUUUGU